AUGCCCGAAAACUAUGCCGAAAGUCUUAACCCUGGUACAGUAUACCCAGGAGGACUUGGAUUGGAUGAGCUUGAAUAUCCCGGGAUUGGAGGCGGCACGAAUCAUCGCUCGGUGCCAGUCUCCCUGGUCAUCAAAGACCAAGUUUGUGAGAAAGCAGAAUGGAAAAUUGCGAUUGGUCCAUCAUUACUGUCAGCUCAACUUUUCCACAUACAAGCUGAACUACCCGAUAAAGCGGAUUUAAUCGAUUAUGAAUUCCUUGCUCAAGGAGGAGGUGAAGCAGAAGCCUGGUUCCAAGGCGAAUCUCAGGGGAAUUAG